AUGGCGUUGAAAAUGGUAAAAGGCAACCUGGAGCGGAUGUUUGACAAAAACCUAACCGAUCUGGUGCGCGGCAUACGAAACAACAAAGAUAACGAGGCCAAGUACAUCGCACAGUGCAUCGAGGAGAUCAAGCAGGAGCUGCGACAGGAUAACGUCAGCGUCAAGAGCAAUGCGGUGGCGAAGCUAACGUAUUUGCAGAUGUGCGGCUACGAUAUCUCCUGGGCCGGCUUUAAUAUCAUCGAGGUGAUGAGCUCGAACCGGUUCACCUGCAAGCGGAUUGGUUACCUUGCCGCCAGCCAGUGCUUCCAUCCGGACAGCGAACUGCUGAUGCUAACGACCAACAUGAUCCGGAAGGAUCUAAGCUCCACCAAUCAGUACGAUGCGGGCGUUGCACUGUCCGGGCUGAGUUGCUUCAUCUCAACCGAUCUGUCCCGGGAUCUCGCCAACGACAUCAUGACGCUGAUGAGCUCCACCAAACCGUAUCUGCGGAUGAAGGCGGUGCUGAUGAUGUACAAAGUGUUCCUCCGGUACCCGGAAGCGCUCCGGCCCGCCUUUCCAAAGCUGAAGGAAAAACUCGAGGAUCCGGACCCGAGCGUGCAGUCCGCGGCGGUAAACGUGAUCUGCGAGCUGGCGCGGAAAAAUCCGAAAAACUAUCUGUCGCUCGCGCCCAUCUUCUUCAAGCUGAUGACCACAUCGACCAAUAAUUGGAUGUUGAUCAAAAUUAUUAAACUGUUCGGUGCUUUAACUCCGCUAGAACCCAGAUUAGGCAAAAAGCUAAUUGAACCGUUGACCAAUUUAAUUCAUAGCACGUCGGCAAUGAGCCUGCUGUACGAGUGCAUCAAUACCGUGAUCGCGGUACUAAUAAGCAUCAGCAGCGGAAUGCCGAAUCAUAGCGCUUCCAUACAGCUGUGCGUCCAGAAGCUUCGUAUCCUGAUCGAGGAUUCGGACCAGAACCUGAAAUAUCUCGGCCUGCUAGCAAUGUCCAAGAUCCUGAAGACCCAUCCGAAGAGUGUGCAGACGCACAAGGACCUAAUACUGGCCUGCUUGGACGAUAAGGACGAAUCGAUACGGUUGCGUGCGCUCGAUCUGCUGUACGGCAUGGUGUCGAAGAAGAACUUGAUGGAAAUCGUUCGUCGACUGCUCGGACACAUGGAACGUGCCGAAGGGUCCUCGUAUCGGGACGAGCUGCUGUACAAGGUGAUCGAGAUAUGCUCGCAGGGUUCGUACCAGUACGUCACCAACUUCGAGUGGUACCUAACCGUGCUGGUGGAGCUGAUUCUGCUGGAGUCGGGCUCGCGGCACGGCCGACUUAUUGCAGCCCAGCUGCUAGACGUGGCGAUACGCGUACAGGCGGUGCGUACGUUCGCGGUGAACGAGAUGGCAACACUGCUGGAGACUUACCCCGUGACCGCGGCACCGAACGGCACGAUGCAGGAGGUGCUGUAUGCGGCGGCCUGGAUUGUGGGCGAGUUUGCCACCCAUCUGAACGGACCGGCGCGUACUUUAGGGGUGCUGCUGCAACCGAAACCGGUCGCCGGUCACAUACAGGCGGUGUACGUGCAGAAUGCACUGAAACUGUUUGCCCAUCUGGUCAGCGAAGCGGUACGCGACCGGGAUGCGACUGCAAUCGAUGCGUACUGUCAGAAGCUGCACGAAGGGCUUCGGAGCUACCUCAGCUCGGCGGACAUCGAGGUGCAGGAGCGUGCCAGUUCCGUGUACUUUUUGGUUGCACUGCUGCGGGAGUCGCUCGGUGCGGCUGAACCGGCCGUACCGUUGGGUGGGUUACUGGAGCUAGCGCCGGAUACACCGGCAACCGCGAACGAGGGCGAAGAAGAUAUUCCGGACGGGAAGACGAAUGCUACCUCAGGCUACGCCACGGCCGCAUGGGACGAGAUCGAGCAGAUCGCGUCCGAUCUCCAGGGGUUGUUUGCCAGCGAGCUGAACCCGGUCGCACCGAAAGCCCAGCGCAAGGUGCAACUGCCGGAGGAUCUCGAUCUCGACGAAUGGAUCAACCAGCCGCCCGAAUCGGCAGACGCCAGCAGUGCGGACGGUGGUUCGAGUGAUGACGACAAAUUCCCACUGUUCCUGACCGACGGUGCGGGUCGGGGUGGUGCUGGCGGCGAACGUGAAACAAAUGGUGGUGGUGGAUCACGUUCCUACAAGCGCAUUGAGUACACACAGGAAGAGCUUGAUAAGAUGAGACAAGCACGACUGCUGGAGCAAACAAACAAUCCCAACUAUCUAAAACCGGCCAAAAAGAAGGCCGACUACCAGCACGACGCGUACGAAGAUAUACCGAUCGCUGAAAUUGCACUCGAAGUGCCUCUCCAAAUACAUUCCACAAAACGGUCGGAUAAAUAUCUCAUGGAUGCGGAUCGUUCAGCGCGCGUUUUGGUCGGGAAGGGUGGAGGGUCGUCACGCAAGGGCAAAGGUGAAAAGACUGGAACGGGCAAAAAGUCGAAGCGGCAUGGCAAGAAAAACAAGCGCUACUCGGACGAGUCCGAUUCGGAAAGCGAUGAUCCCAAACCGCUGCACGUCGUGAACACGGUAAUCGAGCUACCGGAAGGUGCAAUACUGUCCGACACGGAGGAUAAGAACAAUGCCGACCCGAACGAUCCGCACCGGGCGCUCGACAUUGAUCUGGAUGCCCCGUUCGAUGACGAUUACCCAGCGGAACUGAAACGAAAAUCGGCCAAUAACAGCAAACAUCACGACGUGAUGCUGUUGCGGGAUGGAGACGGUAGUGCCAACGCCAAAACCAACCGUGCCGGCCCGACUGACCUAAGCGGGGAGCAACCGGCGGUAUCACGGUCCGGUGGUCACCGUUCCUCGUCGAGGCACCCGAAACCGACCGCAAACGUACCCGAACACCGGGAAAAGCAAAAGAAAAAGAAAAAAUCAACCGACAAGGAGCGUGCCGGGUCGAUGUUGUCGGAUGUGCAAAAGGGGGCCAGCGAAAAUGCGCCGGACACGAUGAUGCUGAUGAUCGAGGAGGAACCAAGCACCAAGGUUGCGAAGGGGCGUACGAAACGGGAGGACAAGGGCAAGGUGACCAGCCAGAAGGGAAAGGAGGAGGAGGAUGAGGAGGAAGAGGAGGAUGCCAAAGGCAAGAAGAAAAAGCACAGCAAAAAGUCAUCGAAACGCCACCAUCAUCAUAGCAAGCGGGACGCGGACCGGCCGAAGGCGGGCUAUGAGGAGAUGCUAGCGCAACCGGGCGGUAACGGUAGUAAGGACGCAAUUUAA